AUUAUUGUCAGCGUUACACUGACAUAAUAAUAAUUAUUAUAAUCUUUAGGCCUAUUUAAUUUCCAAUUCUGAUAUACAUAUUCCUACAGAAAAAUGGAAUCCACAGAAGUGAUCCAUUGUUCAGAGAAUCCAAUUGUACAAGAAAAUAAUAUCACGACAAUUACAACAACAACAACAACGUUUACAACCUCAACAACCAAUGCAACUAUUCCUGCAGAUAAUCAAACAAAUGACAUUCAUGAUGACAAUUCAAGUGAAGCAUUCAUCAAGUCAUCUAAUGAACCAAAUGUUCAUUCACAUGAAAUGAUUCAUUUGGAAUCAAAGAGACAUAAUAAUAAUGAAGUAUCGGAUUAUUUACAAAAUCAUGACAAAACAAAUGAGAUUGUAAACAAUGAAACAAUGAAUCCUCACAGUGAUACAAUAAAUUCUGAAAUGAAACUUGAUGCGUCUACAGAGAAUACUCAUGUAAAUGACCGGAGUAACAAUGAAACUCACGUGGAAACAACUGGACAACAAUGUUUAAAACUUAACAAUUUGGCGGAAAAAAUUCCAAAUGAUCACACAGAAGAAGCAAAUUCUUGUGGUCCAGUUCAAUUAGAAUUAUCUGUGACGGAAAAAUCACCGGAUUUAUCGAUCCAUGAGGUGACCAGUAAUAAUUCGUCAAUCAGUCAAUCCGCUGGACAUCAUGUUACAUCAGAAGAAGAGGAGCAGUCGCCUGUAAAUCAUGCCAAUGAGGAUGAUGAUACUCAUAAUGCGAAGCAUCCAUAUCGACCUCCACCGCCAAAACUAGACCAUACCAAACAUACAUCAGCAUCUCUUUCAAACAGUGGAGGUGAGAACGAGGAUGUAAUGAAAAUAGGUGAUAAGCAGAAUGGCAAAUCACAGGUAGCUGCUACUAGUAAUACUGAUCAUAAUCAUGAUACUGAUCAUCAUGAAACUAAUCCAAAGACUUCCUCUGUACAACAACAACAACAACAACCUGAGAAAAUGGAUGACGAUCAUGAAUCACAGCAUUCUCAUCAUAAACAUUCAACAAUCAAAUCAAAUAUAAAGCAUGCUUUUAGUAAUCUAAGGAAAAGUUUUAAACGCAAAGAUAAACCAUCAUCAUCAUCAUCAGUAUCAGUUAAACGUGUAGUUGAUCAGCCUGAAAAUAAUGUGGAUCGUUAUCAGUACACUAGUCAACAAUCUAUGAAAACACAGACACAGCACAAUUAUAAUGAUAGAAAUAUUGAUCAAAGAAAUAAACAGCCAACUUCUCCUGUUCAUCACCAUGAUCAAUAUUAUCGAGAUUCUGAUGUAGUACGCGAUGAUCAAUCACAAAUAUCGAAUGCACAAUCGUUGAAUAUUUCAAGUACUGAUUCAUUGCAACAUUUUAAUAAACCAGAAGAGAUUGAUUUGGUAUACACCACUGAGAUUAUUGCACCGCCAGCAAUUCCAACAAAAAUGUCAUCGGAUCCAAAUAGUCAUAUCUAUGUGAAUCAUUCAAUUAAACCGAAUAGACCACCGACUAUAUUUAAAAAAGACAGUGAUGCAAAGGAGUUCGCAGCUGCAGCCAUUGUCGACAAUAUGGUAUCCCACCAAGAAACUUAUUGGAAAGAUGAGUUGAAUCAUCAUAAUCUAACCAGUCAACCAUCAGAUAUGAAUUAUCGACAGUAUUAUGUGACAAAAAGUGAACAUUCAACACCGAAACUAUCUACCAGAUCACAAAGUUGCUCAGCUAAUAAUCAUCAUGGACAGAAGCCUUAUCUAACACCAGAUUUACGUUAUACUCAUCAUCAGUUAACAUUGCCAAAACCUAAAAGACCAACUGAUCCACCGCUGUUAUCCCCAUUGGAUCAUCAUCAUCAUCAAGAACAGGAUAAAUUCGUUGCAAAGACUAAUAUCAGUGCUCGCCGAUUAGAUUUAGUGAAUUCAAUUAAUCCGAACAAUAAAUUUUUCGAUUACGAUCAUCAUGAACAUUCGAACGAUUCGGUUGGAUAUUAUAACACAGAGCCUUUAUCAAUGCAAUAUCAACCACAUCAUUCGUAUACAAUGCGAUCGGACAGAAGAAUUCUAUCACCUGUCAGUUUGGAUAGAAGUUAUCCACAAGAAUAUGAGCAAUAUUAUGUAUCACCUGAAGUACGACGAGUACAAACAAUGAGAUAUUCAGAUUACCCGAUUAGACCACAUGUUUAUCAACCGACACAUCAAGCGGCAACUUUGUCAUAUAAUGAAUUUGAUCAUUACGAUAAUGGUACAUUGAAACCACGUAAACCAAAAAUAAUUGCUGAACGAUAUAAAUGCAGUGAAGUAUAUCAAUGGCCACCGAAAUUCCCCAAAUUGAAACGACGCAAAACUAAUCCACCAAAACAAAUUCACACAGCACAAGAUCAUAUUGUGAUUAAACAACAAUUGAAAACUACCGCUGGAAAUAAUUAUUCACCUGUCAAUCAACAAACAGAAUCGAAAGCGGAACAAAUCCAUUGUAUAAAGGUGAACAAUCAAUACCACUCGCCGAAACCCACCAGAGAAUUAAGUGUUUCGCCGGAAAGACAAGUUACAAGUCUACAUUCAUUACAAAGAUCGACUUUACUUGAGAAAUCUAACCGAACAUCGGGCACAGAGUCACGUGAUCAACUUUUUAUAGCAGAUUAUAAACUAACACCAAACAAUCAGGUUGGAUCUAUGAAACCUGGUGCUUUAGCUUUACCAUAUUUUGCGAAAAUAACAGAAAAUAAACGAUUUUCCAAAUUCCAUCAAAACACUAGUAACAAUACUCAUGACAAUGACAAUAAUAUCGCUGUAUCUGCUGAAGUGAUGCGUUCAGAUUCGUCAAAAUCGUCAACUGUACUAAAAGAUGCCCUGAAAACGAUGCAUCCAUUACUUCAAAAUGUACAGGGGGACGAUGUCCUCCCAUCAGCUGGAGAUAGUGAUGAUAGUAAACAUUCAAAAUUAUUGAUUACUUGUCUAUCGGAAUAUUUAUUCACUUGUAUGAAACUACGUUCAUUAGAUUUACAAGGUGAAUAUGCUACAUUUGUAUUUCCAUUGAAAAAUUUCGAUGAAAAAUCAUGGAAUCAUUAUGGAAUAAUUGAUAAUUGGAAUGAUCUGUCGGUUGUUUGUGCACCGAAUACAAAUUAUGAAUAUGUUGUGCUGAAUAUCACCAAUGAAUCUGGACACACUAUUAAAUUUCCUACAAAAACCACUGAUAAACUAUUAACCAGUUGGUUAGAUAAUCAAACUACCAAAACACCUUCAUCGGAUAAUCCUCGUCAUUCAUUAGAGAAUAAGAAUAAUAAAGAGAAAAUAUCCAAUAACAAGUUACUUCAUUCAAUUAGUCUGGCGGUCACAUUGAAAACUCUAUUAAAUGUAUUUGAGAAACAUGACGAGAAACAACCUGACAAUGAGCAGUCUCAAUGUGAAGAUUUAUUUUUAACAUGUAUUAAACUGAGUAUCCUAUUAAGUUUAAGUGAAUGUUUAGAUAAGCAUCAAACAGCACAAUUUGAUUUGAAUCCAGAAAAUAUUUUACUAAUCUUAUCACCAUCAAAUUGUUUAACAAUUUUUAAAAGUUUAGAAAAAAUUCCAAAUUCUCCGAAAAAUGAAAAACCAACUAAUAAUAUUGAUAAUGAUAAAUUGGAAUUGAAAGAGAAUAAUUUACAUUCACUAUUGAACAGUUUACAUAUUGAACAUGAUUCAAUACAUGAAAGUUUAAAUGAUUUAUUGAAACAUUUGCAUGAAAUUAUUCAGCAUCGAUUGAAAUUUCCAGAUAUGAUAACAUCUUUAUUGAAAUCGGUUGCACCGCCAGAUUGGAUUACAAUUUGUGUAGCUAGAAUAUGUUUGUAUAAUCAAACAAAUUGAUAGAAAUGCAAAUUAUGAUUUUCUUUUUUUGUGUGUCUCAUCGCUAUCAUCAUCAUCCUCAUCAUCAGUCAGUCAUUAAUAUAUUAUUGUUAUUCUUAUGAACUUUCAUUUAUAUACAUCAUAUUUCUCUUAUAUACACUACCUUUCUAUUAUACAAUCUAAAGAAAUAUGAUCCGAUCUUCAUUCAUAAACAAUGAAUCAGAAGAAGCCAAAUAAAUGAGAUUGUUUUUCUGUUAUUUCGUUGACAAAAACCAAAUGUUUUAUGAAUUUUUACACCUCAGGUUAUUAUCUACCAUUAUUAUUACUACUACUCACACUACCACUACUACUAAUAACACUACUAUCACUCCAUAUACUACUACUACUACUACUACUAAUACUAAUACUAUUACUGAGGAUGAUGAUAUUGAUGAUCGGGUCAACUGAAUUGAACUAGUGUUUUGCAUGUUUAAAAUUGCGCGUGUUGCUUUUCGUUCUGUGAUCAAAAUCACUGUUCUACUGUUUAUAUAUUAUCAAUUUACCAGUUAUUUAUACACAGUGUUGAACAGUUUUAAAAAAAAAAAUUUUUUUUUGUUAACUUUCGAGAGACAUUUGUUGACUUGAACAAAUUACCAUUUAUUAUUGAUCAUUUAUUGGAUGAGAACAAUUUUAGUAUUGAAAUCAAAAUAGCUGUUAAUUAUUAUUAUUAUUAUUAUUAUUAUUAUUAUCUUUACAAACUAUAAUAUUAAAUCUAUUUAUUUUCUUUUCCAGCAACAUUAAUGCUAUAUAGCUUUUAUGCUUGUCAAAAGGUAUAUAUAUAUAUAUAUACUACAUAUAUAUAUAUAUAUACUACUUAUUAUUCAUAAGCUUAUUUUCGAAUGCAGCUUAAUGCAAUACCACAGGUUAUAAUAAUAAUAAUAAUAAUAA